UAUCGUAAUUAAGUAUUUUUUAACUCUCGUAUUUUCGGCUAUUUGCGUGAAAUAAACAAUCCCUUAGCAACAUUGACUUCCGGUUAAAGAUAAAUAGAAAAAAAUGUGAAUUUUUGGAUUUAUAGUUAGUUUGCUGGAUCCGUGAGUGAAAAAUGUCAAAAGCAGCAGUUUCCAAGUCAAGGGCUGACAAAGCAGGGAAACUUCCAACUGCACAAACACCUGUUGUCUCGCAUGAAAUUGUACCUGGAAAAUUUAAUGAUCAUGACUGGAAUUUGAUGUUAGAUCGAGAUGGUUCAGAUGAUUUUGUAGAAGAUAUUGUUGGUGAUUUAUUAGGCACAACUUUAGAUAACUGUCUAGAUUUAUUUAUUCAGCGACAACUGGUACCAUUUACUGUGUCAGAAGCCACUGAUGCACUAUUGAGUAUUAUUGAGUGGAGAUUUUUGACAAGAGAUGAAAGUGAGAAGGAUCCUUCCUCAGAUCCAGGCUGGAUACAGGAUGAAGAACCUGAUCCAGCCGAGACAGAUUGCUGGGCUCAAGGUUCUGUACCAAGGACCUAUCUUCCAAGCCCAGUACCAGAACCAAUCAUUGAGGAAGAAGAUGGAAACCAAGAAGAAGUUGGAUUGGAACAACAAGCUGAAGAAAAGGAUGUUGUUCUUGAUGAGGAACCAGAAUUAGAAGACCAAGUAUCUGAAGAUGAAUCUGCCGGAAAAGAGGAGGCAGAAAGACUCGCUAAAGAGGAGGAGCAAAGAAAAGCAGCAGAGGCAGAGAAAAAGAAGAAGAAGAAGUUCAAGCCGUACACAGGGAGGAUGAAGUCUCCGGGUUAUAAGGUUACAGAAUCUCUAGAGCAGACAGAGAUGUCAUUACUAACUCAGGAGAUAAUGGCCAGCAUGCCUCCUCCACCACAAGAAAAGUUAACUGGUCUCAUCACAAUGCCAGCAUCAUGUCACUCUAUACUCAAGGUUCAAGCAGGACGUCCACCAGGAAACAAAGAUGUGGAAUACGAUGACUAUGGAAAUGUUGUUGCUGUUAUCAAACUUAAUCCAGAAAGACUGCCAAAUCAUAGAAUAAAGGUGAACUAUCAGGUGGUUGACCCUGCUGUAGAAGCAGCUCAGGCACGGCUGGAUGCUAUGAAAACUGGUAGAUAUGUAGCACCUAGACCUAAACGAAAAAUACAGAAGAAAGAUGAAACGAAUGAAAGCAUCAGUGAAACUACAAGUCAAGUCCCAGCCAAAACACCACUGCCUCCUCCAAUGAUCGAGACCAUGGAAAUAGCACCAGGUGUAUCUAUAAAAGAAGGUGGUAGAAUUAAACAAGGACCAUCAAGAUAUAUUAGAAGAGUGGAUAUGAUGAGUGCAUCACAGAAAGGUUUAAAGCCAGUGUCAGUUUCACAGCACACUCCUCGGUUAGAUGUAUCCGAUAUUUUAGACAGACAUACACCUAUUCUACGACCUAUACAUGAUAACUCACCUUUACCACCUAUAAUGGCAAUACCACAUCCUCCAGAAAAACCCAAAAUUUCCACAUGAGGAUAAAUAUAAUAAUUAUUAUAUUAAGACAUUUAAGAAAUUGGAUUGUGAAGCAAGUGAAUCAAGUUAAAAUAUUAGUAAAAAUUUUCAUAAAAUGAUAAAACUUGUGGAACUAUUAUAUGUGAAAUCCCUUUACAUUGUGUGAUAUAUUUUGUGAUGUAACACAAAUUGGAAAGCAAAAGAAAAGCAAUUACUUCGAAAUAUGUUUAAUAUUUUUGGUAUAUUAUUGAUUAUAUAGAAAUUUACUAUGCAAUUUAGAACUUUUAGUUCAUAAAAACGUUCAAGAUGUAUAUUAACUUUCCAAUUUCUGAUUAAAUUUCCUGUGAAAAAUUUGCACCAAACCCUUUUUUCAUUGAACAUAAAUGUAGUUACAUUGAUAAGCAACAAAUAGUUGCAUGUUAUGAUUUCAUUGCCCUCUAAUAGGGUAUGAUGUUCAGAUCAGUUGUUCAUGUUUAUAUGAUGCUAUAAUUAUAGACAUAUUUUCUUGUCACUGGAUCUGCUGUCAAUAUCCCGCUACAUUCCGAGCUAUUCUUGUAACUUGCAUCAUGAAGUAAUAAAGAAAUCUUCAUUUUCUUUCUUCAAAGAAAAAUUCUUAGAGGAUGAGCCACUGAAAAUUGAUAAAUUUAUGUAUAGGUUCACAGCUUAUCAUGCUGAAUAUAUGACCUGGAUUUUCCAAGACUGUCAUAUGGCUUUUAUUAAUAGAAAUGCAUUUUCUUCAUUUUGUGUAAUACAUACUCAAGAUGAAUCAAAUACAGAUGUAAAUUGUAUUCACCAUUUGUAUAGAAGAUUUGAAUAUGGAUGUCAGUUUUUGUAUAGUUUGUUGAAUCUUUAACAUUUAAAAAAAAACCAUUUCCAAAGCAUGUUAUGUACAAACUUUAUUUAUAAUGGUUAUUCACAAAACAUAUUGUUGGUUUGUGAAGUGUCAUCUGUGAUAGUGUAUUGUAAUAUGUAUUAUAUUUUAAAUACAUUGUUCUUUUGUAAACUGAAAAA